AACUUUUUUACUGUCCUAUGAGAUGUAAAUUUACACACCAAUUCAAGGUGCUCGUAUUUGCUAGUGUUUGCAGUUUAAUAAUUCAACCUUGAACUCAGAAGACAGAUGUGUUUGUUCACAGCAACCCGACUAAUAAAUAAGUUCUAAUUCACUUCAGUUGACGGUUAUUUACGCUGUAUUGAUAGGCUGUUAUGGUAAAGUUUAACUUGUUAUGCAAAUAAUAAUGUUUCGAGUGAGCCUUAAUCUAUUUCGUUUACAUUAUAUUGUAAAAAAAAAGUAUUCUGAAGUGAAUGUUCUCUCUUGCCARAUGCAAUGUUAAUUCUGAAUCAACUGCCAGUGGCUACUGGAACUCUUUAACUAUUGGACAUUAAUUGGACUAUCGUAUUAAAUUUUUUUCGGAAAGAGUGGCUCAGUUUUGCAGUCUCCGCAGUUCAAGACAGGCUUUCGCAGUUUAAUGAUUUUAUCUCAACUCAGGGCAGGUGUGUUUGCUCACAGCAAUGCAAUCAACAUGUAUAAAUAAGUUUUAUUUUCGCUUAAAUUGAUCUGCCGUCCUUAUUCUCUUCGUUGAUGGGCUGUUCAACGGCUAAUAUGCAAAUAAUGAUCGAUUUUGAGUAAGCCUGGUCUAUUCCGUUUGUAUUGUAAAAAAAAGUGUAUUCUGAAGUGAACUCCCUCAUACCAGAUGCGAUGUUUAUUCUGAAUCAACGGGACUAGUGGCUACUGGAACUCUUUUGACUAUUGGACUUUAAAGCACAUAUAUUUUAAGAGUUUUUAAAAUGCAGAACAACUUCUCGAGGCCCUUUGUAACAACACCUUCAUUGAAGACUGAAUUUGAAACACUUCAUGAUUAUCACUACAGAAACCUUAUCCUAAUGACGAUAUCUAUUAAUGGAGUGUUGUCCUUCGUUACGACUAUUUUGAAUCUCAUGAUCAUCGUUACCUUCGCAAAAACGCCGUCUCUACGAGAAGUGCCUUCAAAUAUUCUUAUUCUUGGUCUAGCCGUCUCUGACUUUGGCGUGGGGGUCGUAGCUCAACCGCUUUUUUGCGUUUUAAAGUUGGUCCAACUUAAAGGCGAUGCUCGCUUGACAGAAGCUAUUGACACUCUUUUUAUCUGCUCGUGUUAUGUUUUAACAUCGGUUUCGUUUCUGACUGUAACAGCCAUCACUGUAGACCGUUUCUUGGCGAUCAAACUCCAUCUACGCUAUAACGAGCUCGUAACGACUAAACGACAUAGCAUUGCACUAGUUUUAAUUUGGAUUGUUUGCUCAUUUAAUAUUGCCUUGAAAGACUUUUACAAAAUUCAAAUCUUUUUCAACAUUUUAACGGCUAUUCUUUGCAGCAUACUAUUCCUCAAUAUAUGUCUUCUUUUCAAGAUCUCUCGAAUCGUUCGAAGCCACUCACUUCAAAUACAAGCUCAAGAACGAUCAGUAGAACAAGCUAUAGACAUUCCUAGGUACAAAAAAUCGGUGAAUACGAUUUAUUACGUGGUUGGAGCUUUCGUUUUGUGCUACGUUCUUUACAUUGUAAAAAUGAUUGGUUUGAAUUUCGUAGCAAAGACUCAGAACAUGGAAGUAUUUUUCGCGAUGGCUGUAACAAUAGCAAUGUUCAAUAGCGUUAUCAAUCCUUUAAUUUAUUGCUGGAGAAUCGAAGAAAUGCGCUUAGCUGCUAAAAAAAUAAUCCGAGGAAUAUGCAGACGAGGCGAAUACCAUUGACGUUUUUUUCUUCAAGUUACGCGCAGAGGAGAAAGGAUGGAGAGCUCAGUAGUCAUCAACGGAAACCUUGGCUAAGAGAGAGAAGUCGAAGGGAAGCAAAUUGAAAUAAGAGUCAAGCUUCAACAGGAUGCCUGGCAUUCAAAUCGGAGUUAUAUAGUAUCUUUAAACAGGAGUGUUACAUUAAUUCAUACGAACGAGUUAGAUUCAAUAAAGUUUUUCUCACCAUUUGAAA